AUGAAAAAAAAGAAGAAAAAUUCUAUAGGACUCUGCAACUGUUCAUUUGAUGAAUUUCAAGAGGGCGUCGAGUUUAUUAAAGAAACCGAUUCUAUAUUAGAUGACGAUAUUUUUCUUAUAUUAAAGCGCGUUUGUUCUUUUCUGUUUUAUUGUGUUAAGAAUAACAAAUUUGAUAGUUUAUUAAAUUAUGAUAAGCUAAAAAAAAUAUGUAAUAAAAGAUCUAAAAGAGAACCUAUUCAAUAUAAGGACAGGAAAGAUGAAUAUAUAGAUGAUGAAAAAUAUUCAAGUAGUAUUAAAGACAAAGAUGAUAAUAUAAAUGAAACUCAUGUAUAUUUUAGUGAGAAGAAUAUAUAUAUAAAUGAUAAUAUUUAUAAUAUAUGCUCAAAAGAUGAAGGGGUUACCUCCAUAUUACAAGAUGAAAAUAAGAACAUGAAAAAUUUUAUUGAACAUGAAAAAGAAAUGAAAAAAAAAAAAAAAUUUAGUCAUAAAGAUUUAAUUAUAAUUAAAAAUAUAAAUAGAUUACUCUUAAAUAAAAUAAUAGAUAAUUAUGUAGGAUAUUCAUGGUUAUGUUUAAUUAUUCUGGAAUAUCUUAAUGUAUUAGAUUCCUACAUAAAGUAUCAAGAAGACAUAACUAAAUUAAAAAAGAAAGAAAAUGAAAAAAAUGAUCAUACUCUUCUAAUAAAUGAAGAAGAAGAAAAAAAACAGCAAGAAAAAGAUCAUUACGAUAUUUUUUCUAAAAAGGAAUUGUCAUAUAUUAUAAAAGAAUUAGAAAAACAAAAAGAAUCCAAGCAACAAAUUUUUAAUAAAUAUAUAUCAAAAAAUAAAAAAAGUGAUGAUAAUAAUAAUGAUGUGCCUCUUUAUUUAUAUGAGACAAAAGAAAAAAAAGAAAAAAAAGAAAAACAAAUAAAUAUACAAAGAAGUAAAUAUACCAAUUAUCUAUUUUGUUAUUAUGACAAUUUUAUUCAUAGUGAUAAACAUGUAGUAGAUAAAAAUGAAAAUGAAAAAAUUAUAUAUUUGAAUGAUUAUGAUAAUGAUUGUUACAAGUGGAUAUUUGACGAAUCUAAAAGCCAUGAUGAAGACGAACAAGAAGAUAAUCAAGAAGAUAAUCAAGAAGAUAAAAAUUAUAAUAAUCCAUAUGACAAACAACAACAAAUGAAUAAUAAUAAAACUUUUGAUGAACUUAAAGUUAUAGAACAAAAAUCUUAUGAGGACAUUCCUAAUUAUAAUAACAACCAUUAUUUCAAUGAUGAAAAGAAUUAUUAUGAUCAUAUAAACAAAAAAAAAAUUAUAUAUACACAUGAAUAUAACCAAGGUAUAUAUAAUGAACACACUCCUUUGAAUAAGAAUAAAAGAAAACUUUCAAAUGAAUCUCAAGAGGGAUAUAAAAAUAUUUAUAAGAAGAAGAAAAAAACAGUGUCAUGGGGAAUGCUUGAAAAUGUACUUGAUAAUAAACAAGAUGGAUAUUAUGAUGAAAAUGGUAAUAUAAUAAAAAGAAAGAAUUUAAAAACAAAGAAAAAAAAAUUUAAAGAAUUAGAAAGUAUGAUGAAAAAGGAAUAUAAAAAAAAAAAGAAUAAAAAAUAUAGAAAAGAAAAAAAAAAAAAAAAAAAACAAAAAACAAAUAAAUAUAAUAAUAACAAUGAACAUUAUCAUUAUUUAUAUAAGGCUCUAUGUGAUUUCCUGUCAACUAAAUAUAAAACAAAUAAACUAUUAAAAUACAUGGAUGAAAAUAGAGAUAUGUAUUCAUGGAAACCACCUUCAUUUUAUUGGAAAAUAUUAAAGAAUCAAUAUGUAGUAAAAGAAAUAUUAAAACUAUAUGAAGAACGCUAUUUAGAUCCGUUUUUGUCAUGUUUAUAUGAAGAUUUUAUGAAUAAAUUUUAUUUUGAUGAUAAUGAAAAAGAAAAUACUAAUAAUAUUACAACUUAUACCAGUAAUUUUAAUAUCUUUACUUUAAGAAUAAGUGAAGAGAUACAAAAGUUUUUAUUAUUAAAAGAACCAGAAGAAGAAGAAGAUAUUUUAAAUAUUUGUAAGAAUAUUUGUGUAAGUGAAAAUUCUUAUAUAUAUGCACAACUUAUAUUAGAAUAUAUUUAUAGGAAUAAUAAUGAUAAUAGUAUGAGAAGAUUGUCUCAAUAUUUAUGUUUGUAUAUAUUAUAUAAAGAUAUUAAUAUAUAUAAUAUAUGUAAUAAUUAUUUUUCAAAUGUUAUAGAGAAUGAAAUAAGUAUAUCCUAUUUAAUAUUUAAAAUUAAUAAUUUACAUAAUUAUCAUAGUUUAUAUAAUAUUUUUAAAAAUAUAUAUAUGAUAAGAAAUAAAGGAUGUAUGCAUAUUAAUAAUACCGAUAUUAUUAAUCUAUAUAAUUCUAUAUUGAGAGUAUUAAAGGUAUUCAAUGGGCAAAAAUUGCUGCUUUUUGAUUCUACUUAUAUGUUUGAUGAUAUGAAUAGAAAGGAUAGAAUAAUGAGUAGGGAAGAAAAGGGGCAACAAAAUAAUAGUAUUUAUUAUAAAAAAAAUGGUUAUGAUAAAGUAUCAGAAAUUAAUAGUUGUGGCGAUAUUUAUGAUGAUAUUAAUGAUGAUAUUAAUGAUGAUAUUAAUAAUGAUAUUAAUAAUAAUAUUAAUAAUAAUAUUAAUAAUAAUAUUAAUGAUGAUGACCAUUCGAAUGAUUUGUUGUCGUUUAAUGAGAGCAGCUUCUUGAAUUAUCCAUCAAAUUUUUCUGAUGAAAACAGAAGUACUUUAGAGGAAUAUACAAGAAGAUGUUCCAUAAAUAAAAUAAAUCAAUAUGAUAGACAUAAAGUUAAGAACAUAUCAACUUAUACGGAUGAAAAUAAUGAUAAUAUAGAUGAUAAGCAAAAUAAUGACAAUAAGGAUUUAAAAAAUAGUGAACAGGAUUAUUUGGAAGGUGAUCUAACAAGUGAUCUAUAUGAAUAUACUGAAGAAAAGGUAAUAAAUAAAUUACAUAUGGACACAUCACAUACAGAUAAAUCAUUUAUAGAUUUUGAAAGUGUGAAUUUCAGUGAUAAUAAAAUAAAAAGUGCUGUGAGUGAAUUUUUAUUACCUUCAGCAUCACAAUAUGGAAGAGACAAUUAUAAUUAUGAUAAGGAAUUUUUAAGAAUAAAUAUAUAUGCUGAAAAGAUUCCUCUGAUACAUAUGAGAGAUAUUAUAUUUAUUAAUAAUUUAAUAAAUAUAUUUGUAAACAAUAAUGAUUUAUUUUCUAAUAAUAUGUAUAAAGUCUAUGGAAAGGUUCUCAUAUUUUUAACUACAUAUUCUCCAUAUGAAUAUGUGUAUAAUCAAUAUUACUCUUCCUUUUUUGAAAAGAAAAAGAAGAAAAAUGCUUCUAAAAAGUAUUCUACUUCAUUUUUUGAUAUUUAUGAUGAUAGAAUGGUAGUUGGCACAAAAGACAAGAAGAUAAAGAAGAAGAAGAAGAAGAAAAAAAAAAAAAAAAAGAUGAAAAAGAAGAAGAUUAUUAAUAAUAAUAAUAAUAUUAUAGUUGAGGAUGAUGAAUAUAUGGAUAAUAUAAAUUAUAACAAUGCAAAUAAUAACCAUCAGUCAUAUGAAAAAUCAAAUGAAAGUAGUUUUUCUAACCGAACAAAUAAUGAAGAAGACAAAAAAACAGAUAGUAUAUUAAACGUCAAAAAUAGUAAUGAUGAUAAUUAUACAAUAAAAACAAUAACACCAGAAAAAAAGAUCGAAAAUAAUUCUGUUGAUAAAUUUGAUAAUGAUAUAAUAACAAAUGGAAAAGAUAAUGUAACCAGUUUAAAUGAUAAUAUAAGAGAUGAAGAAAAGACAAAUUCAAAUAGUAUUAGUAACAAUAAGUUUUUAGUAGAAAAUGAUAUGAAUGAAGAUAAGGAGAGGAACAUGAAAGAGUAUGAUUAUAAUAAUAAAAAUAAUUCCAAAACAAUAUGUUCAAUUAAAAAUACUAUAGAUAGAAAUAAAAAGGAAGAAGAAUGUCCUAAAAAUAUUGAUGAUCUUUUUGAAAUAAAAACAGAAGUUAAAUCAUGUAAUGAAAUAAAAAGUAGUGUAUUUCUUAAUAUUAAAAGUAAACAAAAAUUAAAAACUAAUAAAAUAAAUAAAAAAAAAAAAUAUUAUUUUUAUAAAUUAUUCCAUAAAUUUAGAAUGUCAUAUAAUAAUUUUAUUAAAUAUACACAAAAUGAAAUUUUCCAUAUUUAUCAAAUAAUACAUGGAAAUUAUUCAGAUGUACAAAAAGAUAAAAUGUUAAUAAGAAAAAUUAAUAGUAAUUUAGCAGCAUCUAUUAUUUAUAAAUAUAUUUAUAAUAAUAUUUAUGAAUAUAUUAAUAACUCAAAAAUUAAUUUAAUAUAUCCUAAAUUUAUUCUUUUAAAAUAUAUUGUCGAUAAAUAUCCUCAAAAGAGAUAUUUAACUCUACACUUUUUAAAGGAACUAUAUAUAUUUAUCAUUGAAAAGGAAAAGGCCUUAGAGGAAUAUGCAGAAUUAAGGGGCAAUAUAGUUUUAUUUAUUGUAUAUAUGAUAAGAUAUGAGAAUAUGUUUUGUUAUGUAGUAAAUAUUAUUAAAACGAUGAUAUAUGUUUUGGAUAAAUCACUCAUAAGAUUAUUCAUAAUGAAAACCCUAACAUAUUGUGCCCCACCUUAUGAUUUAAUGUUUUGUCAAUGUCUUUUAAAUUUUAUUUAUUCAGUCUUAAAAAAAGAAGGUAUAUAUUACAAAGACGAAUUUAAAAAAAUAAUAAAUAAAUUCCUGGAUGAAGUUGCUAAUAUGCAUCAAAUGUAUCAGAGCUCCAAAACGAAAGAGCUCUUCAUUUUAAGUAAUUAUAUUAGGGACCAUAUGAUCCAAUCAGAAAAGGAGACACAACCAUGUUAA